AUUUAAUACACGGGAUAUCAGGCCAGCACUGCUGUGCUGUGUGCCACUUUCCCCUUCUCUCUCUCUCUCUCUUUCUCACACAUUCAUCUUUUACAGUCCCUCAACUUUCAAACCCUAGUAAAUGGCAAGAUUAAUCUUGCUCUUUGCUCUAUGUGUUCUACCGGCGAUUGUCAGUGCCCGCUUUGAGGCCAACCCUUUCCUCGUCCGAGGCAAAGUCUACUGUGAUACUUGCCGCUGUGGCUUCGAGACCCCUGCCACCAAGUACCUCGCUGGUGCAAGGGUGAAAAUUGAGUGUAGAGACAGGGCCACCCAGGCACUCAAAUACAGCAUUGAGGGUGUGACUGACUCGACAGGAACAUACAAAAUUAUGGUGAAUGCUGACUGCGGCGAUGACAUUGCUGAUGCGAUGCUCGUUAGCAGCCCAGAUUCAGAGUGUGCUACACCAGACAAAGGACGUGACCGUGCUCGCGUAUUCCUCACCCGAUACAAUGGCAUGAACUCCGACACCCGCAUCGCCAAUGCCAUGGGAUUUCUGAAGAAUGAGCCUUUGGCUAGUUGCACCCAAGUCCUCCAGAAAUACCAGGAAACCGAUGAAUAGAAAAUAAUUGGUACUAGCCUUUUUCAUAUAUUAUUAUGUGUUACCAAUGCUGGUUGGUGGUACUAUUACUUUGGGCUCUUUGGUUUGAUGAGUAAUGUAUGUUCCAUUGUGGAGUUCCUUAAUUGUGGCCUCAAAUUUGCUUAUUGCUUGCUAUUCUAGCUAGAGGUGCUUGGUUUAUUGGUAUGAAACUGAUUUUUCACCUUUCAUUGAGUUCAAACUGGAUGGUAAAUUAAGAUCUCUCUUGAUUUCUACUACAAAAUGUUACCUUUUGUCCUUGCUAUAAACGGUCGUAUUGCUGUGACUUUC